UUGCCUCCCUCGCGAGUCGCGAAACGACGUGCCCCGCGCGCGCUGCUGUGCUGUCCGGACUCCGGCCACUUCAUACUCACUCGCGCGCGCGGAGACACACGACCACAGCGACGUAGAUGCCGCCGUCGUCGCUCUACUCCUCCGGCCGGCUCAUCCCCUCCCGCCCAACACCCACGACGACGGUGGGGAGAUGGGCCCGGCCGUCGUGCUCGCUGUCCAUGAACGGCUGCGCGCCCGGCGCUGGGGACCGCGGCGCGGUGUGCGUGCGCGAGGCUCGGGUGCUGCCGGCCGCGUCGGCGCCGCAGGACGCCGUAGGGCAGCUCAGGGCCGCCGUGGACGCGCUCAGGGCAGACGCGCCGCCGGCCGCGCCCUCCGGCAUCAUCCGCAUCGAGGUGCCGAUCCGGGAGAGAUGGGACGCCGUCGAGUGGCUGCACGCCCAGAGCGCGCUGCCCCGCUGCUACUUCUCGGCGCGGGCGCCGUUGCCGGAGAGACCGACCCUCACCGGCAAUGGUAACGGCGGUCUGAACGAUCAAUGGCAUCAGCCGGUGAGCAUCGCCGGCGUGGGCUCGGCGGUCUUCUUCCGCGGGACCGAGCCCUUCUCCCUCGCCGAUUGGCGCGCAAUCAAGAGAUUUCUUUCAAGGGACUGUCCGCUGGUUCGCGCGUAUGGCGCCAUCCGUUUCGACGCGACGAGCGAUACUUCAGUAGAAUGGGAGGACUUCGGCUCAUUUUACUUCAUUGUUCCUCAAGUUGAGUUCAAUGAGCUUGAGGGGAGCUCGGUGGUUGCAACGACUAUAGCCUGGGAUGAUUCGCUUUCCUGGACAUGGCAAAACGCCGUGAACGAGCUCCAGUCAACGUUGCAGAAGAUUUCACCUUGUUCUGUAAAAGUGGACAAGUCCAAUCUACAAACAACCAUCAUGAGUCUCAAUCAUGUCCCAACCAAGGCAUCUUGGGAUCUUGCAGUUACUAAUGCUCUUCAAAUGAUCAAAAGCAGGCAAAGAGAAUUAGUGAAAGUUGUUCUAGCAAGGUGUAGCAGAUACAUCACUGAUACCUGCAUUGAUCCUGUGGAACUGCUAGCUUGUUUGAAGAUUGAGGGCCAAAAUGCAUACCAAUUCUGCAUACAGCCACCGGAUGCUCCUGCGUUUGUAGGAAAUAGCCCAGAGCAACUCUUUCACCGGAAAUACUUGAACAUUUCCAGUGAGGCUUUAGCUGGUACACGAGCAAGGGGGAAAACAAGGGCAGAUGACUUUCAAAUCGGUCUGGAUCUGCUUCUAAGUAGCAAAGAGGAUAUUGAAUUUACUAUAGUGCGGGACAGCAUAAAGAAAAAGCUGGAGAUGAUCUGUGAUGAGGUUGUUGUCCAUCCCAGCAAGGCUCUUCGGAAACUUCCAAGAGUACAGCACUUGUCAGCCCAAUUAGCUGCGAGAAUACGGAACGAAGAUGAUGAGUUUGACAUUCUAAAUACUCUUCAUCCAAGUCCAGCUGUUUGUGGUUUGCCCACUGAAGAGGCGCGCCAAUUUAUACGAGAUUAUGAAAUUUUUGAUCGUGGAAUGUACGCUGGACCUGUUGGUUGGUUUGGAGGAGCUGAAAGUGAGUUUGCUGUUGGGAUUAGGUCAGCACUACUUGGAAAAGGUCACAGCACUCUAGUCUAUGCCGGUGCUGGGAUUGUUGAAGGUACAAAUCCAUCUUUUGAAUGGGAUGAGCUUGAUCUCAAAGCUUCUCAGUUUGCAAAGUUGUUGCGGUACCAAGAACAACAGAUUUGCUACCAAGAGGCUAAAAAUACAGGGACAGUCAUUUGAACAUAGAAGUAGGACAUUUUGAUUUGAUUUGAAGAUUAUACGAUAUGAAAGACUUUUUUUUUUGUUCUGUAGUCUUGAGAUUGUUUACUCAAGUGCUUGCUCAGCAAACUGGAUAUUUCUGACAAUCGAGUGCCUCCUGGAGAUGCAACCAUCAAAUGCUUACUCAAGAAGAUAGGCUAUUAAAGUUUCGAGACGAAAAAAGAUUCAAAUAAAGCACGUCGGAUAAGUAUAUGUACGAUAAUUGUAAGUUGUAACAGCUCAUUUAGUGUAGCGAACACGUAAGGAGCAUGGUGACAAAGUUGUCGGUUGCAGUCCAGCCCACCGGGGUUCAAACCCCGGUGUCACACCUCCUCCGUAAAAAGAUCUCCAAAGAAGAUCGGGCAAGAGGGCACUGUUAAAAAAACAGCUCAUUUAGUGUAAUUGUAUAUUAACAUUAUCCUCAAUCCUCCAGUCCGUACAGGUGUUCAGUUGCAAUAUUAUUGUAAGACCGAGAACGGUGACUAAAAGGGGAGUGAAUAUGCGUCUUAAUAAA